AUGGAUCGGGCGGCAGUGACAGCGGGUCCGGGUGUGGAGAUGCCGAUCAUGCACGACAGCGAUCGGUACGACUUCGUUCGGGAUAUCGGGUCGGGUAACUUCGGUGUGGCUCGAUUGAUGAGAGAUAAGCAAACGAAGGAGCUUGUUGCUGUCAAGUAUAUUGAGCGAGGGGACAAGAUAGAUGAAAAUGUGCAGAGGGAAAUUAUCAACCACAGGUCUUUAAGGCACCCUAAUAUUAUUAGAUUUAAAGAGGUGAUUUUAACACCAACUCAUCUGGCUAUUGUAAUGGAGUAUGCAUCUGGUGGAGAAUUAUUUGAGCGAAUAUGCAAUGCGGGACGUUUUAGUGAGGAUGAGGCUCGUUUCUUUUUUCAACAACUUAUAUCCGGAGUCAGCUACUGUCACUCAAUGCAAAUAUGUCAUCGGGACUUGAAGCUGGAGAACACGUUGUUGGACGGGAGCCCAGCUCCUCGGUUGAAAAUAUGUGAUUUUGGGUAUUCCAAGUCUUCUUUGCUGCAUUCACAACCAAAAUCUACAGUGGGAACUCCUGCUUACAUUGCUCCUGAGGUGUUACUGAAGAAAGAAUAUGAUGGAAAGAUUGCAGACGUGUGGUCUUGUGGCGUGACUUUAUAUGUUAUGCUGGUUGGUGCUUACCCAUUUGAAGAUCCUGCUGAACCCAAGGACUUUCGGAAGACUAUACAUAGAAUCUUAAAUGUUCAGUACUCUAUUCCCGACAAUGUUAACGUGUCAGAAGAAUGUUGGCAUCUGAUUUCGAGGAUCUUUGAUGCGGAUCCUGCACAACGCAUAACGAUGCCGGAUAUCAAGAACCACGUGUGGUUCCUUAAGAACCUCCCGGCAGAUCUAAUGGACGAGAGCAGUAAUGGAAGCCAGUUUGAGGAGCCCGAGCAGCCCAUGCAGAGCCUCGAGGCCAUCAUGCAGAUAAUCUCGGAGGCCACCAUACCACCGGCCGGCAUAUGUAGCAUGGACAUGAUGGAUGAUGACAUGGAGGAUCUCGACUCCGAUCCAGACCUAGAUGUCGACAGCAGCGGUGAGAAAAAUGCUGAUCCAGUGUUAUGUUACCCGGACAUGACACCUAUGGCCUACCGCUGGCGUAACCGUGUCGACACGACACGGGUACCGGUAUGA